GAGCCGGGAUUAGCAGUCUGUAACAAACUAGGGACUCAAAAUGUCGCUUAGUAUUUUAUCUCCUAGUCUGAACACAACAUCACAUAACGAGGGCAUACUUAUUGGUGACAAACUUUACUCAGAAGUUUUUCUCGCGAUCGACAGCUCUAUAAUUCCAGACGAAAGACUUUCCACGACUCCGUCCAUGCAUGAUGGCCUAGACCUCGAGACAGAGACAGACCUGCGGAUUCUUGGCUGCGAAUUGAUUCAGUCAGCCGGAAUUCUUCUUCGUUUACCACAGGUUGCGAUGGCUACUGGCCAAGUUCUUUUUCAACGAUUCUUUUACUCCAAGUCCUUUAUUAAACACAACUUUGAGAUUGUUGCCAUGGCUUGUGUGAAUCUGGCGUCCAAGAUCGAGGAAUCCCCCAGACGAGUAAGAGACGUGAUCAAUGUUUUCCACCAUUUAAAACAGGGGACAGGGAAAAGGAGCACCCCGUUGAUUCUUGAUCAUAACUACAUUAACACCAAGAACCAGGUCAUCAAGGCUGAGCGUCGGGUUCUCAAGGAGUUAGGCUUCUGUGUCCAUGUGAAACAUCCACACAAGAUCAUUGUAAUGUAUCUUCAAGUCCUUGAAUGUGAGAGGAACCAGACGCUGGUCCAGACAGCGUGGAACUACAUGAACGACGCCCUCAGAACCAACGUGUUUGUGAGAUUCGAACCGGAGACCAUCGCAUGCGCCUGCAUCUACCUUUCUGCAAGAGCGCUACAGAUUCCACUGCCAAACAAGCCGCACUGGUACCUUCUGUUUGGAGCCUCCGAGGAAGACAUCAGAGAGAUCUGCAUUAGUACACUAAAGCUUUACUCUAGGAAAAAGCCAAAUAUGGAGCAGUUGGAGAAAGAGGUGGAAAAACGGAAGCUGGCCUUGGAUGAGGCCAGGCUGAAAGCCAAAGGACUGAACACCAACAGCACCCCGUCUCUCGCGGUCACCUGCGGCUUUUCCCCUGCCUCUAAACCCUGUUCCCCGAGAGAAGUGAAAGCAGAAGACAAAACCUCCAACACCAAACCACUGAAGGAAUCUGAAGAUCGACAGGUCUUCCCCAAAAGCCCCCCAAAUGGGAUCAAAAAAGAGGAUAGCAAAGCCUUUCAGAAUGGUCAAAUCCAUAGUCGGUCCCAGUCCAGAUCUCGCUCCCAGUCACGGUCUCCUCACAGACGUAGGAGGAGUCGUUCUGGAACCUACAGUUCCCACAGCAGCGUCAGCCCGCCCUCACGCCAGCACAAGAACCACAGGUCACCACUCCUGUCCCAGCUCAGGGCCGAGCACAGACACGGCGAUCAGGGUCGCCACGGACACAAGAGGAGACGCUCCCGAAGCCGCUCGCGCUCCCGAAGCGUCUCCCGCGAGCGCGGACGGGAGCGCGACCGCGACUACGUCAAACGCAAACACGACCGCGGCAGCAGUCACCACUGGACCCACCGGGAGCACUCGCGGGAGCGCGGCCAGAGGAGCAAACACCAGAGCAGGUCUCACUCCAGUCACAGCCACAGUCGGCACAGACGAUGACCUAAACGCGGACCACGAACGGACAAAGUAGCGGUGCCUUUUUUUUUUUUUUUUGUCCUUUUAAAUUUACUUGACAUUUACAUUGUACCUGAAACUUGAACAGUUCAUGGCAAAAACGCUAUCAAUUGAGCUAAAGUCAGGGAUCAUGUUUGCACAGUUUUGAAGAGCAGUUGACAACCUGCAUACGUAUUACAUUCAAAUCCAUGUAGAGCUGUGCGUACUGUCCGCACUGUAUAUAGCCUAUUUUUACAAAUUCAGAAAUCAAUGACUUCUUUGUAUUUAUGUCUUUUCAAAAAAAAAAAAAAUAAAAUG